UCUGCGCUUGGCUUUUUAAACACUCCCGCUUUUUUGCCAAGCGAACUUUAAUAUGUCUUCCGCGAAUUUGGCGAAUGUUUACGCGGAGCUGAUGCGGCGAUGUGGCGAGUCCUACACGAUCACCUACGGAGCGCCACCCACUUACCUGGUGAGCGCGGUGGGACCCGCGGAGGCGGGCAAGAAGAUCGUGCUGGUCUUCAAGGAGGAUCGCAGUGGGUCAGUGGCCAGGAUCCGGGCCGCGUCCUCGAUCACGCCCACGAAGGCGUCACCAAAAACUGAGGGCUCCGCGGACUUGGAUCUCACGGGGAGUCCCUUGAAGGACGACUGCCUGGUGGACGCCAUAGGCGACCUGUCCAUAGACCUCCAGCUGGAGCACUCAAAUCCCUGGAAGCUGGAGGAGGAGUACCAACGAGGAGUCCCUGUGGACAAGGCCAGGUCCAUCGUGUGCUCCGAGUUCCUGCAGCUGGCUGAGGGACUGGGAUCCGUGUGGUUCCUGUGCGAUGGCAGCGAUCCCGCUCAGACCCAGUUGCUCCAGUAUGAGUUUAACCCCACGCACUUCUCCCUGGGAAUCCUGAGCUAUCAGGGCGUGUUCCCCGCCUACCAGGUCAACUCGCAAUCUCUGGUGCGACAGCAUGGCAAGGCUCCCGACGAAACGCUGAUCGAGAACAGCUACCAGGUGAAUUCCCACAUGAGGCUGCGCUGCUCCUGGACCUCUAGUGCCGGGCUUCCGCUCCUGGUGAACCUCAACGACUGCGAGGUGUCCCUAAAUCACACUUUCCGGGUGGGCGAAUGCACCCCAUUGACCCAGGACUUUAUGAACCAGCUGCGCAUUCUGGUCUUCAUACGCGAGGACAUCGUCUCCUACCACAAGGAUGUCAAACAGGGCGUCUCCCGAGAUCCCACCUACCGUUGUGGCAGCGGCAUCGACAUGUACGAGCUGCGGGAUUCCAUUAACCAUACUAUGACCGAUGUUUCCGGCUUUAUACAUCGCUAUAGCAUCGGCAAUGUGGAGUGCGACAUCGAGGAUGUGGUGCAGAGGGCCAAGGUGCGCCGGCUCACGGAUCUCACCGACAAACUGUGGGAGCUGCUCAAGAGCUGCGCCUCCUACAAGGACCUCAAGAUGGCCUUCAACAUGCUGUUCCAAUGCGCUACCCGCUGUAACAUAGUGAACACCCCAACCAACAAAAACCGCCUGGCCAAGAUUAUCACCGAGUUGGCCAAUCGCCGUUUGGCCAUGCCCUGCCUAAGUGGCGCGGAGCCUUUGGAACUGCUGCUGGAGAUUGGCCUGGAGAAGCUAUACAAGGACUACGAGUUCAUCUACACGGAGAGCAAGUUAUGCAGCACCAAUCUGCUGAAGGAGGACUCCAGCGAAGCGGCGAAUGACGACGGCUCCCCGCAGAAUUUGCCCCAGCUGCGAAAAUCCCUGCAUAAUGCGGUCAGGGGGGAUCCGAUGCCGGGAGCAGGAAUGCGCAAGACGUUGCUGCACCACCACGGCGCCGUAAAGUCGGAGAAUGCAGGGGACGACGAUGAUGCCGGGUUUAAAAACAGCCAUUUCGACGAACAGGAGAGCACGGAACGGGUCUCAAAGUUAUUCCAAAUCCACUGCACCUUGGAACACCUGCUGAUGAUGCACAUUUACCUGAAUCUGUCCAACGUUUAUAACGAUGUCUGCUCUGAACUGCUGAAGAGACCUCUCAGACUAGUGGAGUCCAUUGAUGAUCAGCUGAGUGAUGUGAUGGACAUCCGCCUGUCUGCCCACUACGUUAGAGAUCACUUGGAUGGCAAGGAUCCCUACUCUCGACACAUCACCAUGCGCUCAUACAAUAAGUUCCGUGAACUAAAGACCACUUUCUAUUUCAAUUCGGAGAACAUUUGUCCCCCAAAUUUGGCUCAGUGCUUUCAGUGCGAUGACAAGGAGAUGGUCAAGGAGCGCACAUAUCAUUCAUGGAUAUAUCGCAAGAUUCGUUCACUCAAGUGAAGCAGGCCUGUGAUAUGCAAUUGUACAUUUACCGUACAAUUUUUAGCCUAUUUAGGGAUAGCUAGAAUUUGUAAAAGGGCUCAUUUUAAUUUUGUAAUACUUGUCAUGUCUAACAUCUGUCCGGAAUGGGGGACUGCUAUUUUCUGUACCCUUCUAAGCCCUAUAAACUGUUAAAUUAUUUCAAUUAAAGGCUUCUAGUAACCAUUAUUAUCAACUUAAACCUA